AUGCGAUCAGCAGAUGGGGAUGAAAACCCUGCUGAAGAUAAAGAUGAUUUGGAAACAGUGUUGAGAAAAUUUGAUAGCCAUUAUGCACAAGAUAGAAAAUACUGUGCCAUAAAACGUGAAGCAUUUUUAGACAGAGUGCAAAUGGAGGAUGAGCAAGUAAUGGACUUUGUAGCUGACAUAAAAUUCAAAAAUAAGCAAUGCGAGUAUGGACCUGCAGAGGAAAGUGUAGUAGUGGACAAAAUAAUACAUGGAAUGAAAGAUCGGUUCAUGAAAAUAAGACUGUUAGAGUUAGAGGAUCAAGAGUUAACGUUGGACAAUGCUAUUAGAAUUUGUCGAAUAAGAGUGUUUACGCAGCAACAUAUGUACAGUAUUCAAUGGACAAUACAGCGUGGACGCGGCCGAGCAAGCGAGCGAUCCUACGAUUGUGGACGCGAUUGUGAUAUGUGUGAAAAACGUCAUGCAUACGGUGAUUGCCCAGCAAGAGACAGAUUUUGUGGAUUAUGUGGACAGCAAGGACAUUUCCAAAGGUUAAGACUGUGUCAAAGCAAAUUGUUUCAAGAGGUUGCAGAGGUAGGGGUAGAGCUAAGGCCUACUCAGAAAGACAGUUUUAUGCUAACUCUUGUGAAACUGAUUAUUAUACACAUGAAGAUGAUAAUGUGA